AUGCCCCCGCAUCAUCUUGGGCAGCAUCCGGCGCACGCGCAGGUAAAUGGACACCCGCCGCACGUCAACCAGCCCAAGACACAAUCGCAGUACUUGGGACAAUUGACCGAGGCUGUCUGGACUCAGAUGGGUUCUCUCUCUGAGCAAAUGCAAGACUACGACGGCGCCAUGCAAUGCUACGAACAGGCCUUGAAAUUCAACCAGUGGUCUGUGCCAGCUAUGCAAGGUAUCGCGUGUAUUUUGCGCACCAAAGAUGCCUUCCCAGCAGCUGUCGAAUACCUGCGCACUAUUCUCAAGGUCGACCAGGCCAAUGGUGACGUUUGGGGUAGCCUCGGCCACUGCUAUCUGAUGAUGGACGACUUGCAGCAAGCAUACUCUGCCUACCAGCAAGCUCUAUACCAUCUGUCUGACCCAAAGGAGCCUAAGCUUUGGUAUGGCAUCGGAAUACUCUACGAUCGCUAUGGCUCCCUGGAGCACGCCGAGGAGGCCUUCUCACAGGUCAUGCGCAUGGAACCCACAUUCGAAAAGGCAAACGAGAUUUACUUCCGCCUUGGCAUAAUCUACAAGCAGCAGCAGAAGUUCAACCAAAGUCUGGACUGCUUCAAGUACAUUGUCACCAACCCUCCUCGCCCACUGACCGAGGAGGACAUCUGGUUCCAGAUUGGACAUGUGUACGAACAACAGAAAGAGUUCGAAGCGGCCAAGGGCGCCUAUCGCCGGGUCCUCGAGCGUGAUGCCAACCACGCCAAGGUCCUACAGCAGCUGGGAUGGCUACACCACCAGCAGAGCACAAAUUACGCCAGCCAGGAGCAGGCCAUUGAGUACCUGGAGAAGUCUGUUGCUUCCGACCAAACGGAUGCGCAAAGUUGGUACCUGCUUGGACGUUGCUACAUGUCACAGCAGAAGUACCCCAAAGCUUACGAGGCCUAUCAGCAAGCGGUGUACCGUGAUGGCAGGAACCCAACCUUCUGGUGCAGCAUUGGUGUACUGUACUACCAGAUCAACCAGUACCGCGACGCGCUGGACGCAUACUCCCGUGCAAUCCGCCUCAACCCUAACAUUUCGGAAGUUUGGUACGAUCUCGGCACACUUUACGAGUCUUGCAACAACCAGACUGCGGAUGCACUUGACGCUUACCAGCGUGCGGCCGAUCUCGAUCCGUCAAAUGUACACAUCAAGGCUCGCCUACAGCUUUUGCAGAACGGACAGACAUCUGCAGGCGCCCCGAACCAGGGCAACGCUCCCAUUCCACAAGACGUGCACCCUCAAGCCUACCAGCCUGCUUCUGUCCAUGGCCCUACCGCUCCUCAAUGGGGCGCUCCUCAGCCUCAACAACCUCCGCAAGGUCCUGCUCCCCCAGCCUUAGCGCCUGGAUGGGAUCGUCCCCUCGCUCAGAUUCGCGAUCCCGGCCUUCCGCCGCAGCAGCUGAACCCCUAUGAGCAGCGCGAGGGCAUCCGGCCACCUACUCAGCAUGCUCCUCAAAGGCCUGUAAGCCCAAGACAGGAAGCACCUAGGUCAUACGCAGAGCCUUCUCGCCCUCCUACAAACGGUCCUGGUCCUCAAGGCCCAGCUGGCCCCCCGCCGCCAGGUCCACCAGGGCCAAUGCGCCGUGGCAUGUCUCCGUCGCCGAAGACGCACCAUGCUGCCCCUAGCCCUUACCAUCCUCAGCCUCCGCAACUUACGCCUCAGGCUGUUCAUGCACAACCUCAGCCACCACUGCACCAACAGCAGCCACCCCAGCCUAACCGUAUUUCCAAUCCAAACUACGGCCCUCACGCUGGUAGUGUUCCUCCACCACCUCCUCCACCACCUACCGGUCUCGGUGGCCCACCAACUCAAGCCCCUAGCCAGAGUGCCGUGCCUCCCUAUGGUGUCCGCCCUACAAGUCCCCCACCGGAAGUGCGUCCUAUCGUCGAGAACCGAGCGGGAUCUCCACGGAACGGCUACCAAGGGCCAUAUCAACACCAUGCUGAUCCCUCGGCCACCGGUGGUAUUGCUAGCGGAGCUCCUCCGCCAGCUUCUGCCCAAACUGCUGCUGAGCAAGCAGCCCGUGAACGUGACGACAGGCCGCCGACCGCCCCACCAGUCAAACGACACCGCGAAUGGGAGGCUGAAUCUGAUCACAUGAGCGCAAAGCCUCCUUCGAACGAAGAAAAGCGUCAGAAGAUGGAAGAGCCUCACAGCCGUCGUCCAACUCCCCCACACCGCAUGUCAUCUCCUCAAGUGCCACGUCAGAGCCCUCGAGAGGGGCCUGAUCCUCGUGGCUUCAACGAUGGAUACCAUCCAUCUGAGGCGGCUCACCACCCGCCUUCGCUUCCACCCAUGGCAGCUGCGCGACCGUUGUCUCGCAUGUCGGAAACACCAAAACAGGAGCGACCGGAACAUCACGAGCCGGCUGCUCGACACAUGGACGUCGAUGAGAACUACGAUGAUGAGGGUGAUGACGUGAAGCCUAGCGCGCCAAAGUCUGAGCGCAGCAGCCCUCGCAACGCGCCUACGAACGGCGUUCCUGCUCACGCAGCCACUCCAGCUGAGCAAAAGUCUGGUUAG